CGCCACAGGAGCCGGCCGCGGGGGAGAACCCGCAGGAGGCCGACGGAGGCGAGGCGCCUGCGGGCUCCCCCGCGGGGGCCGCGGGCGCCAGCGCCGCCGGCGCGCUGCUGCGGGCGGGGCGCGGGGGGCCGGGCGACCUGCGCAGGCUGCUGUCGCCGUUCGAGAUUUUCUUCUCCCAGUCCCACAUCCGGCCCGAGUUCCAGGAGACGGGCGGCCAGUCCACGAGGCCGUGGACGCGGUGGACCACCAGCUGCUGGGGCCCGUGGGGCCGCAGGACGCCCGCGGCCGCCCCAGGUCGUCGGAGUACCAGCGGGCCCAUCCAAUUGGUGGCUCCUGAAGCCGCCGUUCCCGGAGAUCGAGGUCAUCCAGUGGCGCUGCAAGCUGAGAGAGGAGGACGGCACUGUCAGCGUGGACGCCGCCGGGAACGAGCUGUACGGGGAGAGGGAGUGGUACACUCUGGACAACAGGCGGCUGUACUGCCUGCAGAAGGCGGCGACGGCGAGGCACCCUGCGCAGGUGCGCUGCCCCGUGGUCGUCAUCCAGCAGGAGGAGGGCAACUGCCGGGAGUUCCGGAAGUUCCGCACCCCUGACCGUGGCCGAACUGUUGGUGUUGGUCACAAGGAGACGCGCCCGAGAACCCGAGGUGGAACUGGAGACACGAGGUCGGCCUGCCCGACGAGGUGCUCUCCGCGGGCGUGGCGCUGGCCCCGAAGCGGGGGCCCAGCGCGGCCCAGCAGGGCAGGAGGCGGUGGCCGCACGGUGGCAAGUACCGCGGGCCCCUGA